AUGGAUUCAGAAACUGAAAGGCUAGUAAAGGAUUUUACAGGUGUUCUUGAAGAACUGACAUUUAAUUCAAAACCAAUUAUCACAACUCUAACGAAGUUGGCAGAAGAAAAUAUAUCAUGUGCCCAAUAUUUUGUGGAUGCCUUAGAGGCUAGAAUAAAUAAAUGUGUUCCAAUGCAGAAGUUAUAUGCAUUUUAUGCAUUGGAUUCUAUUUGCAAAAAUGCUGGUAGUCCCUACACGAUUUAUUUUAGUAGAAAUUUAUUUGCAUUAUAUAAGAAGACUUAUCUUUUAGUUGAUAAUACUACUAGAAGUAAACUUAUAUCAUUAUUCAAGACAUGGAUGACCCCAAGUGAAGCUACAGGAAGUCCAUUGUUUGAAACUUCUUCAUUGGGGAAAAUUGAGAAAUUCCUAAUCAAAGCAAGUGCAUUACAUCAAAAGAAUUAUCAAUCCAUGUUACCAACUCCAACUGUACCAUUAUUAUUGGCGGAUAUUGAUAAAUUGACUAUUUUGACAAAGCAAAGGCUUGUUAAAGCACCAACCGACCAAAAAUUGAAUAUAAAGUUACAAGUCUUGGGACAAUUAAAACAAGAAUUACAAAAGGGUAAAUUAUCACAAGCAGCAUUGAAACAAGUACAACUACAAUUAAAAGAAGUAUUUUCACAGGAUCAACAACUAAUACAACAACAAUAUGAAUACGAACAAAAAAAUCAACAGAGGCAACAAUUUCAACAACAGCAACAACAACAGCAACAACAACCAAAUAAAUUUGUUGGUUCAGAUGUUCCUGGGACUAUUGAUAGUCAAAAAUCUAGUUCGUCUACACCUAUCCCAUUAUUCGAUAAUAUGACAAGUUUAAGUUCGAAUGUUUCCUCUCUCUUUGGAAAUACGGGAGGAGUAUUAUCGACCCAAAAACUAGACUUAUUGGAAAAGACUAAUAAAGAUUCAAAGGUUCAAAAUUUGUAUCAUUCUUUGGACAAUUUGGGCCUAUUAUAUAAACCUCAGAAUGAGUCGAUUGUAACAAUCUAUAAUAAGAUUAAACCAAAGGAUUUAGAUGCUUCAGCUAAGGAUUCUGAAAUCCAAUUGCCACAAAUCGAUAUGUUGCAAAACAUUUUAUUGGAUUGCAAAGCAUAUUUUGCCAACAUUAACGUUAAUAUAUCAAAUAUGCAAUCAUUGUCAUUUAGCCAAGAAAAUUUGACAAACCCCAAUAGCAUCGUUCAAAAUAAUUUAAUUCAUUUGCUAUAUCGUGCUAAAUCAAAUAAGUGUAAUACAUGUGGUAAGCGAUUUGGAAAUUCAAACGAUGAGAAAAGAUUGCUAAGUGAGCAUCUAGAUUGGCACUUCAGAAUUAACAAAAGAAUUAAAGGUUCAUCUCAAGUUAUCACAAAUAGUAAUAACCCAGGAACUACCGCAAUGCAAAAGAAUAUCCAAUCAAGGAACUGGUAUUUGCAAGAUUCCCAGUGGAUUAACUUUAAUGAUGAUGAUAUUACUUCGACUAAAAAUAUUAUUAACGAUAACGUUGGACGUAAUAGGAAUAGAAGAGAUAAUAAAUGGAAAAAUGGGGGUGAUACUUCGACUAAAUAUAAUAAUAAUCUAUCAUCAUCUGGAGGCAAUGGAACUCUUGAUGAUGGUACGUUGGAUGAGGAAAUGUUACGUAUGGCUAAAGUACCUGUUCCAGAAACAAACGUUGAUAUGACAUUUACGUGUCCUAUCUGUAAGGACACUAUUAAUGCUGUGUAUGACGAAGAUUCAGGUGAGUGGGUAUGGAAGAAUGCGGUUGACAUUAGUGGUAAAUAUUUCCAUGCCAUUUGUUAUUAUGAUUCUAUUAAAAAUAACACAGGUGACGACCAUUCUUCAGCACUCCGGAAUUUGAGAAAACUUAUAAAAUAA